UGAGAUGGUAAAGAACCGUUUAUUUAUAAACGGAAUUAAUUUAAUGUACGAGUAGGUAUAAUUAAUUAUGGAAAGUGUUUUACCCAUUUGUCGCGUCUGUUUAAACGCCACCAACGAAAGCAUCGAUUUUCAAACACCCUUCCAGAGUAAUGAAACUGCAGAAGGGAAUAAUACGUCAACACUGAAUUAUUUGGAAUGUUUGCGUUUGUGUACCAAUUUAGCCAUAGAGGAACAUGAUGAUGGACCACAGUGUUUAUGUACAGUAUGUGAAUCCGAGUUGCAAAUUGUUUAUAAAUUCCUACAAAAGGCACAAAGUUCACAGUCAAUUUUAGAAGAAAAUUUGCAAAAAUAUGAUCACAAUAAAGACACAAUUGAACUUACGGAAAUUUCAAUUAUAAAACUUGAGGAGACUGCUGAGGCGAGUGAUAAUGAUUUCGACCAUUUAAUUAGAGCAGAAGAUGAAGCUUUUGAUAUGAACGACUACAAUGUUAUUGCUGAGAUGGAGGAAGUUAUCAUAGACGAAGUCAAACCCGUUAUUUCUGAAAGAAUCCAACAUUUACAAGAAGAUUCCAAGACUUUUCAGGAAAAUACAAACAGUUAUACCUUUAAAAAGCUAAAAUGUCAUAUCUGCAAUCGUACCUAUAGAACCUCUCAUCUCUUAAAAGUUCAUCUUAAUUAUCAUAGACGCAGGAAGGAUCAAGAGUAUACCUGUAAAGUAUGUAACGAAUCAUUUUCUUUACAACGUUAUUUGACACAACAUAUGAUUGUGCACGAAGAUUUUCAAGAGCUACAUAAAUGUGAAUACUGCGAAAAGGAAUAUAUUAGCAAAACCGCCUUAAUUAGUCAUAAACGUAUACACCAAGGACAACCAUUAAAUUGUAAUGAAUGUGGAAAAGAGUUUAGUGGCAGCUAUGAAUUAAAAGUACACCUGAGAUUUCAUAGACGUGAAAAGGAACUGGAAAACAAUCAAUGUGAAAUAUGCUGUAAAGAAUUUUCAUCACAACGUUAUCUGAAUCAGCAUAUGGUCGUGCAUCUUGACGAUCGGGCGACUCAUAAAUGCAAUUAUUGUGAUAAGGUAUAUUUUUCCACAACUGCUCUAAACAAUCACAAACGUCUGCACGAGGGACAUACCUUGGAGUGUAUCGAAUGUGGCAAGCAAUUUACGCGCAGUUAUGAACUGAAAAUACAUAUGAGAUUUCACAAACGUGAACAACCAUUUGAGUGUACCAUGUGUGACAAGAAAUUUACCAUUAAGGGCCAUUUGAAAACACACAUGUGUCAGCAUCAGGGCAUUAAAUUGGAAUGCGAAGAGUGUGGUAAAUUGUUUUCAUCGACGAAAGCAUUAAAUGAACAUUCCUAUACACAUAGUGAAAUGCCAUAUCCGUGUGAUUUUUGUAGCAAAUCAUAUCCCUCCAGACAAAAGUAUAAAAUACAUUUGGAAAGAGUGCAUUCUAGUGAAAGCCAUGAAAUUGAUAUGUCGCAGCUUCAAAGUUUAACAAAUACGAAAAAUUUAAAAAAGCGUAAAAAUUUCACAUAUGUUCAGGUUAUACAGGAACACGAAGUCAAUGAACAUAACAAAUAAAUCAACUAAACCAAUGGACACAAAAAAGAAAAAACAAAUAAAUCAUCAUUUCCAUAGAAAGGAUCACCGUGACCGAAAAUAAAAAUGUUGAUAAACAAA